AUGGCUAGGUGGUCAUACACCGUGCGCACAGUCAUACAUGCUUGGAUCUUUGUGUCGGUGACCUCUGACAUUUGUCCUUACAAGGAGUGCCAGUGUGUUGAGGGCCUGAUAGAAUGUGAAGACCUCAACUUGAAGUCGAUGCCAACUCUGGUUGUAAACAAAGUUUCCUUUGCUCCCUAUUUGGCGUUGAGUAGAAAUUCAAUCACCUCUGUACCAGAUGGAAGUUUGCCUUCAGGUCUCGGUGGCGUUGACUUUGAAGGAAAUCCUCUCACCGACAUUGGCCAGCAGGUAUUUGUUGGCUCUUCAGAUACUUUGACAACUUUGAAGUUUUCAAAUGUUAACCUCUCAGAGUUUCCGUUUGCAUUACUUUACCUGGGUAACCUUCAGCACUUAUCAAUAAAAGAUAGUCAAAUUCAACAAUGGGAUAUUAGUGUAUGGGCUUCUUUAGGCAACACACUUAAAGAUGUGACUUUGGUUAAUGUAGGAAUCACAAAUUGGCCUGAUUGGAUUCCAGUACUGCCUCUUCUAACCAGUCUUGAAUUCUCCAGCGCUAUAGUAUCCAUUCCAGAUGAUGCUUUCCGGACGCAGGCUCAGAACAUGCUCAGUCUCACUCUUAGGAAUGUUACAAUGACAUCAACCAGCAGCAUCUUCUCGAUACUGCCUGCAUUGACAGACUUAAUACUGGACAACAAUAAGAUAUCCCAGCUCACUGGGCUUCCUAAUUUCGGCAGAUUGACUUACCUAAGUUUGGAGAAUAACAGUAUAGCAAAUACCUCCCAUCUCACCGAUGCUCUACGUCCCGUUCAAAAUUCUUUGCGAUCAUUAUACAUGGAUGGAAAUAAGUUGACAAUAUUUCCGGAUUUAUUGUUCAUGACCUCAUUAGACACGAUUCACCUUUCAAAUAACCUAAUUGAUAAUGGAAACACAGGAGCUAUACCUACGUCUGUAAGUUUUCUGGCUUUAGAAAACAACCGGUUGACAACUCUGGUAUCUUUUCUGGAAAUGGGGACCAAACUGGACACUCUACAACUUCACUCUAACAUGCUCGCAGAACUGGCUGGCACAGAUUACCCAGCAAACGUUUUCGAAAUCGAUGUCUCAUUGAACCUACUCUCGAGAGUUACAGAAUCGUGUUUUCCCCAGAAUUCAAAACUGGAAACGCUGCGUUUGGAUUUGAAUCCAAUUUCCACAGUCUCUGUUUCAGCAUUUGGGAGCCUAGUAAAUUUGAGAUACCUGUCAAUGACAAAUACUAGAAUACGUCGACUUCCGGUGUCCAUGGCUUCCUUAAGCAACUUGAUCACGAUAGACUUCCGGGGAAAUGGCAAUUUGGUGUGCACUUGUUCGGAGUAUAUCUUGAGGUUAUGGUACAGCUCUAAUGGGGUUGACUGCUCAGGAACUUGUGGACUGACCAGCAUUGAUUUCUUUCUGCGAGAUCUUAGUGCUGCAUGUCCGUCUUGA